AUGAUAACAAAGUUUUCAAUUUUAAAUAAAAGCAAAAUUUUUAAUACAAUUUUGUAUAAUACAAUACGACAAAAUAAUAUUUUUUUUAAUAAUGGCAAGUUUUCUACAACGCAGAAUGUAGACGAAAUCGAUGUAACAUUUAUAAAUCAAGAUAAUUAUGAAAAGACUGUAAAGGCUAAAAUAGGAGAUAGUAUUUUAAAGGUGGCUCAUGAUAAUCAUAUAAAUAUAGAGGGAGCUUGUGAAGGAUUUUGUGCUUGCUCUACCUGUCAUGUAAUAAUUGAUGAAAAAUUUCACGAUUUAUUACCAGAACCUUUGGACAAUGAAAUAGAUAUGUUGGAGCUUGCACCUUGUAUAACAGAGACUUCCAGAUUAGGAUGUCAAAUAAAACUAACUAAAGAGUUGGAUGGUAUGAAAAUACAAUUACCCCCAAUGACAAGAAAUUUUUAUGUGGAUGGACACGUACCCACCCCCCAUUAA